GCUCCAUAAAGGCCCGUGUGUGUGUGUGUGUGUGUGUGUCUUUCCCAGAAGCAGAGCGUGUUUAUGGCCGUGUCUGGCGGCUCCAGCCCUUCUGCCCCCGCGCUGCCCUCCUGUGCUGGGGCUGUCGAAGCCUGAGCUGCCCUCCUGCCCCCUCCCGAGCCCCCUGAACCCCCUCCCGGAGCCGAGCCAUGGCUGCGAAGCGGCGGCAGGAGGAGCAGCACCUGAAGCUCCUGCGGGAGAUGCUGGCGCUGCCGCCCAACAGGAGCUGCUUCGACUGCGCGCAGAGGGGACCCACCUACGCCAACAUGACGGUGGGCUCGUUCGUCUGCACCACCUGCUCGGGCAUACUGCGAGGGCUCAACCCGCCGCACAGAGUGAAGUCCAUCUCCAUGACCACCUUCACGCAGCAGGAGAUCGAGUUCUUACAGAAGCACAGCAAUGAGGUGUGUAAACACAUCUGGCUCGGGCUGUAUGAUGACCGGAGCUCCGCCGUUCCGGACUUCCGCGAGCCUCAGAAAGUGAAGGAGUUCCUCCAGGAGAAAUAUGAGAAGAAGAGAUGGUACAUUCCUCCAGAGCAGGCAAAGGUUCUGGCCUCUGUUCAGGCCUCCAUCUCUGGUUCCUCAGCGAGCAGCACAAGCAGCACCCCGGAGGUCCUGCCUCAGCCAAUCAAAACGCUGCAUCUAAACAAAACUCCAUCCAGCCAGUCUCCGGUGUCCAGCCGUGCUCAGUCCCAGUCCUCCGGUCAGGAGAAGAAGUUCGACCUUCUGUCUGAUCUGGGUGCCGAUAUCUUCGCGCCUCCUCCGUCUCACUCUGCUGGAACCUCAAACUUUGCCAACUUUGCACAUUUCAACAGACCCUCAGGAGGAAGUGUGUCGGUGCCCCCACUGCCCAGCAUGCCACUGCCCACUGCUCCGCCCGGCGUUUCUGGGCAGGACCGCUACGCCGCUCUGGCUGAGCUGGACAGCGCCCUCAGCUCGACCCAUAAAGCUUCACAGGGUGUGUUUGAUGCUGUGCCGGGGCCUGCAGCAGCUCCGCCUCAGCCAGUACUACCCAGCAUGCAACAGGGUUUUACAGCUGCACCUUCCACAAAUCCGUUCUUGGCUUCCGGGAUGGCUCCAGAGCCGAUGUCUACCAACCCGUUCCAGACCAACGGUAGAUCUUCAGCUUCAGGCUCCAUGAGCAUGCCGGCUGGUUUUGGGAACACGCCCAGUUACUGCCUGCCCACCAGCUUCAGCGGGACGUUCCAGCAGCCCUUCCCUGGCCAGGGACCCUUCCAACCUCUCCCCCCCGCCGCCUACACGCAGCCCAACGGUGGAUUUCCUGCUUAUGGCCAGGCCAAACCUCCAAUGACCUACGGUCAGCCUGCUAUGUCCAGCAACCCAUUUAUGAGUGGAGCUCCAGCCGGACCGUAUCCUACAGGAGGAUCCUCCACCAACCCGUUCCUCUAAACUCGCCCUCACCGCUCCGCAGCGCUGCACACACACGGUUUUAUAUUCACUGCGCUGAGCGUUUGGCCGUUAUAGAGUAGGAGAUGUGGAGAUGCAGAAGUUUCCUUCACCUCACCCUCGUCUGUGUGUCCAGGAACAAAAAAAAAGCGCAAAAAUCUGGAGGAAAAAAAAACUCCACGAGAUUUACACCGCCGGUCAGAAGUUUGGGGAUGCCAGGCCUUCUUUGUCAUACUUCAGCUCUGAGCUGAUGUUUUGUGUAUAUUUAUCUUCUCAGCUGCAUCUUCAUCGGAGUAUCGCCUUGGUAUGAAUGAUGACUAGUUAAAAGCUCACAUUGAAGCUCUUUUGGUCCAGCGUUGGUUUAAACACCUGAAGGCUUUGAGUGCUGGUCAGUGACGUCAUAACAAGUGGGAUAAAGUGGGCGUGGCCUUUGGCUUUAUUCCCAAACUAGCACUGUCACUAAUAUUAACGCGAAUAUUUACACGUGUGAUACUGUUUACAUCAAAUAAACCUGAUUAGGCUUCAGUGUCAUCACAUUAAUGUCCUUAUAUGGCGACUGACGGAUGUAAAGAAAACGUUCAAAUUGGUCAGACCAUAUGGCUAAAAUUAGUUUUUAUCACUUAAUUUUGUUGUUUAUCAUUAAAUUCAGUGGUACCUCUUCAUAAUAACAGGCCCUAAUAAACAGCAACUUGAAUGAGAUCCAAUGAUGAUGUAAUAGAACCUUUUACUAAUGUAUAUGUAACUAUUUGAGGUGUGGACCGUUCACGUAGUGACACAAUCGCUGAUUCUUUUGAAUUGUAGAAAUCUUAUUAUUGUAGUUGAAUAAUGAUUAAAUUGCUAAGCAUAAUUCAUAAAUGACGCAACUUGAAAUAUUAAACACUUGGCUGCAUGAAAACAGUUCAUAGGAAUUAUAAAUUAAUGGUCUGUGUUCAGUUUCUGAGGCAUAAACUUUUGAAUGCUUAAUGAUCGUUAAAGCUGCACUAUGUAAGAUCUGAAUGAAGUGUCAUCGCCGAGUGAGGAGAAUAAAACCAGGCUGAAAUGUGCUGCUGCUGCUUUGUGUCGCCCUGUAAAGCCAGAAAUAAUCAUUUAAAAGUCUUUUUCAAACACAUCGUAUGUCUUUGGGUAUUAACGUCACACACAGACUCAAAAAGAAGGUCCGGCUCGAUGUUUCGGCCUUAAAUGAUCUCAAAAUUGACAUCAGGCUGAUGAAGAUGUGAUGAAUAUAGUAGACAAUUCGCUCACAUCCUCAGAAGACGCUCCUUCACCAAGUUUAGACCGAGUUCUCCUCAAUCGUUAGACUCAUCCAGUCGGGGCUGAGGUACAAACCACAAAAAAAAAAAAUCUUGCAGUUACACAUUUCCACCAGAGAGGUCUCCAAAUCCCCAAACCUGGCAUAGUGCAGCUUUAAGUGGUCAAUACUUAAA